GCUAUUUGUAAUUUCUUGGCUUUAUUUUCAAUAUAAACGCCCUCCAUUCUCUCUCCCUCUUCCCCUCUUUCUCUCUCUCUAUUUUAUUGUGCUGGCUUAGUGAUUUAAAAACCUUUUCCAUUUCCAUAAGCACAAAAAUGUAGGCCUACCCCAAAAUUCAAACCAGCCAGUGCAAAUGUUUGAAAGAAUCUCAAGUGGAGUCGCAAUGCUAAUAUCAAGCUUUCAAAUUCACUUGCACUUGACCUGGUGUUGAUUUCCUAGCUUUAAACUAAGAUUCAUGAUAUUGACUCUUAGUAAAUAUUGUGUAAAUCAUUUUCAUCUUAAAAAUGAGAAAAAGAAGAAUCAAUACAAGAGAAAGGAGAAUCAUUUGCUCUUAUACUUUGGGUUCUUUGCUCUCAUUACUUCUGCAUAGUUUGAAUUAUUAUCCUUUCUACAUAAUUGUAGGUUUAAACAUGUAUCAUGUUUUAAAUUAAUGAUCAUUUAUGAUUGCUUAUGUGCCAGGCAUUUUAUAUUUCGAUUUUAGUCAGUUGCCAAGAUAGCUCAUUGAAGACAGGUGUGGAAUCUGAAAGAUGUGUGGAGGCUAGUCAUUCCAUUUUGGAUCUGAGGAAAAAGAAAUAGAACCUUUGUCUAAGAUAAUGCAACCAUUUUAUGGCAGGGUCUUUUGUCUUCAAAGCCUUUGGCCUGGACCAUUUGCCAUUUUCUUUGCCACGUAUAAAUGGUCUUGCUUGUUUCUGCAGACAGCCCCUUCAGGUCAGCUGUAGCUUGGUGACAGAGCCAUGCUGGCACAGCAGCAAGGCUGACCACUAGCAGAACUGAGACUGGAGCCCAUGGUUCUAGGCUUUCAUUUUCAUUCUCUGCCAGACAUUGCUCUCCAAGUGACCCAUCUGCUUAUCUCCUGCUGUGCUGGGCCUAACUGGGUAGUUAAGCUCAGCAUACAACCCCAAAUUACGGGAGCCAAGGAAGGAAAUUAAUAGGCCAAAAAGUGUCCAAGAUAGAUAUGGAGGAAAAUGGGUAUUAGACCUCAUGGGAGAAAUAGAUUAGGAAUGUGUAGUCUUCGUGAGGAGAGGCACCAUUAUUCUUGAUUUAAGUGUUAAUAACCCAGAAUUCUAUCAGAAGUUUUAAUUAAAGUUGGCCUUGGCCUAGAACAUGGUGUGAAGAGCUCUUUCCUUUUCACUAUACCAGCUGUCCGCAUCCGUUUACAUGCUGGGAUUGUGCUGAAAAUGGAGAGAAAGGGAUUCAAUACACAUUCUCUCAACCUUGAGCUUUUUGGAAAUGGAUAAGACUGGUUUUAAUAUGUAUUUCUUGGGAAAACUGAUUAAUAGGAACAAAGCAAAAAUAAUUUUGUAAGAAUUUAUUUUAAAUGACUAAAAUUUAGAUAUUAUUUAGAUAUUAUCUUUUAUGUAUUACAUACAAUAUAUAAUGUUAGAUAUUAUAUAAUCAGACACACUUCUGUAUAAUACAUGAGAAAAUAAUACUUAAAUGUCUGGUAACAUUGCUUGAACAGCUUGUAUCAUUAUUCCAGGUCUUUCUUCACUUUUGCCUGUUCUCUUGCUUACCUCAUAAGAAACAAAGCUUUAUAGUCAAUGUUAAUUAUAGUUGUUUUCUUAAAAUUUUCCUUAGCAUUUGAUUUUUAUUAUAAGCUAAAUAUAUUUUGAGUUUCGCUAAGUUAUAUAUUGAGCACAGCCAAAUGGAGUAAAAUAGAUUUUGUUGGUUUGUUUGUUUUUGAAAUAGAAUUCAAUAGCUCAGGUUGUUCUUAGUACUGUGUGGAAGUAACUAUUUCUUUUGCUGAGAUAAGGCACUGUGGCUGAGUGACCAGAUGGGAAUGUGGGAAUCAGUUAUGGUUGAGUGUCUCUGGGGGUGGAGCUGUCAGUUCUGGCUGGAUGCUGCUGGUACCCUGUUGAAGAUCUUUUGUAAACAUUGAACUGGGUGAUGGAAUUUUCCAUUGUAAGGUAAAACAAAUCCAACUAACUCUUACUUCAUGUUCUGCAUUCCCAGGAGAGUAGUUAUCCAACUGGAGAAGAUAAAAAGAUUAAGACACCUAUAUUUUUGGGCCGAUGUGACAACCAGACCAGUUUGCAGGUCAAGAAAGAACACCCAGGUUAAUGCCUGAUGAAGGAAGCAUGUAUUACCCACGAGUGCAGCAUUACCGAGAGCUUCUUGACUCCUUGCCGAUGGAUGCUUACACACAUGGCUGCAUUUUGCAUCCUGAGCUCACUGUGGAUUCCAUGAUCCCAGCUUAUGCAACCACAAGGAUUCGCAGCCAGAUUGGUAACACGGAGUCUGAACUAAAGAAACUUGCUGAAGAAAAUCCUGACUUACAAGAGGCAUACAUUGCCAAGCAGAAGCGACUUAAGUCAAAGCUGCUUGAUCAUGACAAUGUCAAAUACUUGAAGAAAAUUCUUGAUGAGUUGGAGAAGGUCUUGGAUCAGGUGGAAACUGAACUACAAAGAAGAAAUGAAGAAACUCCAGAGGAGGGCAACCAGCCGUGGCUCUGUGGAGAAUCCUUUACACUGGCAGAUGUCUCACUGGCUGUCACAUUGCAUCGGCUAAAGUUCCUGGGCUUUGCAAGAAGAAACUGGGGACAUGGAAAGAGACCGAACUUGGAAACCUAUUAUGAGCGUGUCUUAAAGAGAAAAACAUUUAACAAGGUUUUAGGACAUGUCAACAAUAUAUUAAUCUCUGCAGUGCUGCCAACAGCAUUCCGGGUGGCCAAGAAAAGGGCCCCAAAAGUUCUUGGCAGCACCCUUGUAGUUGGUUUGCUUGUGGGAAUGGGAUAUUUUGCAUUUAUGCUUUUCAGAAGGAGACUUGGCAGCAUGAUAUUAGCACUUAGACCCAGACCAAAUUAUUUCUAGAUUUGUUGGGAUCUGUGGUAGGAGCACAUCUAAGCACUGCACUAGGCCCUCAUGCCCUUGUCCAGACCCAGUGAAGACUUAUCCUUGGCAACUAGUAGAAAGCACACUUUAUAUUAUUCACUGUGGAGUUCAUGUGGGGAGGGAGCUAAUGGCAUACUUUUUCUUCUCUCUUCCUCUUUCUUCCUUCCUUUCUUUCUUUCUUGCUUUCUUUCUUUCUUUCUUUUUUUUUUUUUGUAGACAACAAGACUUACUUCUAAUCUAAAGGGCAGUGUAAUUGCUGACAGACUAGGGGUGGGGGAGACCUUUGAUGGAGAUUAUUAGGUCAUGUUCUCAGGUAUUUUUUGAGAGGUUAUAAUUAGGAGCAGACAGUAAUAAUAAUCCAUGAUUGCUCAUAGUGCUUCACCUGAGAGUGACUGCGGUUCUAGGUGUUGAACAGUUUCAGUAUUCUCCUCUGGGACUCAGAAGUCAUCUUUGUUACACUAGACAGAGUUCACACACCAACAAGACAUUGUACUGUUUCAUCUUCCACUAGCAGCUUUAGGCAUAAAUAAAGGACAAAAUGGUAAAGGGGAGAAAAGAAAUGAGAGAAUGAAGUGCAUCUAGAACAGAGCAGUAGAUGGUAACCUCCAGUGGUCUCCACUGCUGCCCAUGGUUGCCUCUCUUCUUGGGAAAUUUCACAUAUACUGUCUUGUGGUCAUGUACCCUCCCUAACUGAGAACUGUUGGGGAAGAGAGGGCUGGGAAAUUAGUGGGGAUAGUAUACUGGGGAAAAAAACCUACAUACUGCAUAGAAAACCCUUCAUUUGACCUUAAUUAUGAGUUAGACUUGUUGAAUUAAUAAGAUUAAAUUAUUUUGCAGUUGACCAUGAGAUGCCCAUUGAAACAUAUAGCUAGCACUUAUAUGAAUGUCUAAAGGGAUAGGAGGGUAGUCUUCAUGGCUCCCAUGACCAUGUGAGAUACUUUCCUGUGGAUGACUGUGUUCAGUCCUGGGAGCCUUGACCUCUACAGCCUUCUUUAUGCAUAUAAGCAAUAUAUAGAUAAAUGUCUCAAGUAAAUAUCAUGGCUUAUGGAUGGUAGUGGAUAAUUUGAAAAGAGCUAAAUAUGCUUAUUUUUAUUUGGGGAGACUAGUACAUUCAUGCACAAACUGUUGUCCAGGAUUUAUAUUUGUUUAUGAUUAUUGAUAAAGCUUUAAGUUAAAGAAAAAAAGUAAAAGCUAGCAUUAGAUAUUGAUAGUUAAUUUGGGAGAGAUAAAAUAUAUAGCUAGUGAUGCCCACACAUACUCAUCCAUGUGUGUUUAAAUAUUUGGGAGAUAUCUCAGUCCAUAUGGAAGGGACAGUUCCUGGGUCACCUAGGAAUAGCCAUCAGACUGUAAUGCAUGGCUUUUGCUCAGGACAGACCUCCUAUUACAGCAGUGAGGAAGUUCUUCCUGGAGCUGGCUGUCCAAGCCUUAGGAGAAGCUUCAAGAAUCUGAUGGGAAGCUUGUCCAAAGGCUGUGAGCAAAGGGAAAGCCUGUAUGGCUUCAGGUGAACUCUGCACAGAGCCAAAGAAUGUACUGACUUCUUAUUAAUACGAAAACAUCACAACUAGCAAACAAUAGCUUUCUGAUGUAAAAAACAAUUCUUUAAUUCCAUUUUGAUUCUAUUAUUCCAUUUCAUAAGCUAGAUGUACUAAAAAAAAAAACCCACAUGAGCAGGAUGUGCCCUGUUUGUAAAAACCAAACAAAACAACAUCAAAACAAAAAACCCUAACGCCCCCAUGUGAACUCAGAUCAACAAUGAGGAAAUGCACGCAGCUUUCAUGCCAUCUUCCUCAGCCCAUCAGUGUGUUCUGCAGAGUGUCUGAAUUUGCUUAUUGCUAGGACAUAGUUAUCAUUGUAUUUAUAUAAUAGCCAUAAAAUUAUCUGACUAGUAAUUCAGAAUUUCUUAUAAUGUUCUGAUAGAAAUAAAAAGUGAGGCACAAAGUAGUAACAAUAGAAGUUUUGUAAAAAAUCUACAAAAGGUACUUAUUUAUCUGUGAAAGGAUUGUUAAAGAAUGACUUUUCUUUCCGUAUAUAUUAUUAUGGAAUCAGAAAAUCACCAGGAAGCUGGGCAGUGCUGGUGCAUGCCUUUAAUCCCAGCUCUUGGGAGGUAGAGACAGGCGGAUUUCUGAGUUUAAAGCAGCCUGGUCUUCAGAGUGAGUUGGAGGACAGCCAGGGCUAUACAGAGAAACCCUGUCUUGAAAAACAAAACCAAAAGUAAACCACCAAGAAAUCAUAAUUUUCAUCUGUGAUUUAUUUGGAAGUAGCUGUGUGCCAGUGCUAAAGGCGAAGCAUCCGAGCCUCUUCAAUGUUUUAUUGGUAGGUAUUCUUGACAUUAGUGCUUUAAAAAUAUCUGUCUAGUGAUAACAUCCUGACCACCAGAUGUCGCUGUUCACCCAGUAGUCUAAGAUUGUUCCAUUAGGUUCGGCAUGUGUGAAACGAAAGGUUUCAUGGGAAGAUGAAACAUUAAUGACCUUAGUUUCUGAAGCGAGGGCAUCUUCAUCAAGAUUAGCCAUCUGUGAAAAAGUUUAGGGCAAAUGUAGUAUUGAUUUCUUAUGUUUUGUGAGUGAUGUCAGCACUAUAUGAUAUCAAACUAAGGAGGUGCACAGCUGCUGUUAGCCAAAGAGGCACUUUAAUGCAUCUUCUUUUUCAGGAUCAUUGGUAACUGGCCAAUGUGCUUCUCAUGUGAAAAAAAUAGUAAAAUGCCACAGGUAGAAAAUGCCCAAGGCAUUAAAAGAUUAUGUUGUCUAUUUCUUUCUUAAGACACAUGCCCACUAUUUUAUUGGUACUGCCAUUAUACGCCUUUUGAUUCUCAAAACUGGUGAACUGCUUCUCAAGUUUUAGUAAUUAUUGCUAUUGAUAUCAAAGUUGUAAUGGUGUUGUUGAUUGUCAUGGAAAUUAAAGAUAUUAUUCUGACUGUAAGAUCAAUAAAAAUAAUUUGAAAAUAAAUGUUUUCUGGCUACAAA